GUCUGUUUGCUGCAUGCAUUGCUGCUCAGUCUGGACAAGAUGAAACUCAAACGAUUCCUGCUUAGAUAUUAUCCACCAGGAAUAGUAUUGGAAUAUGAAAAAGGAGGCGAGUUAAAGACCAAAUCAAUAGAUUUACUUGAUCUAUCUCCAGACACAGAUAUUGGUGAAUUAGUAGAAGAAAUUAAAAAAACUGAACCCCUUAUCACUGCCUCACGCACAGAACAAGUAAAACAGCUGGUACAGAGACUACAAGAAAAACUUGGUCAACAGGAUGAUCAAAAGUUUUAUCUUUUUAAGGUACUCCGGGCACACAUCUUACCCCUUACAAAUGUUGCAUUUAACAAAUCUGGCUCAAGCUUCAUAACAGGGAGCUAUGACAGAACAUGUAAAAUUUGGGAUACAGCAUCAGGAGAAGAGUUGCACACACUGGAAGGACACAGAAAUGUGGUCUAUGCAAUAGCAUUCAACAAUCCUUAUGGUGAUAAAAUUGCCACUGGAUCCUUUGACAAGACUUGUAAAUUAUGGAGUGCAGAGACAGGCAAAUGUUACCAUACAUUUCGAGGUCAUACUGCAGAAAUUGUAUGCUUGUCAUUUAAUCCGCAAAGUACACUGGUGGCAACUGGGAGUAUGGACACAACAGCAAAGCUUUGGGAUGUCCAGACUGGAGAAGAAGCUGUUACAUUAACAGGCCAUUCAGCAGAAAUAAUUUCACUGUCAUUCAACACAACGGGAGACAAAAUUAUCACUGGAUCUUUUGACCAUACUGUUUCAUUGUGGGAUGUUCAAUCAGGAAGGAGAAUCCAUACUUUGAUUGGGCACAGAGGAGAAAUAAGCAGUGCACAAUUCAACUGGGACUGCUCACUUAUAGUCACAGGAUCUAUGGAUAAAACAUGCAUGGUCUGGGAUACAAUCAAUGGCAAAUGUGUUGCAUCAUUAACGGGACAUGAAGAUGAAGUAUUGGAUGUUUGCUUUGAUUAUACAGGCCAGUUUAUUGCAACUGCAUCUGCUGAUGGAACUGCAAGAGUUUAUAGUGCCUCAUCACAGAAAUGCAUAGCUAAGCUCGAGGGACACGAGGGUGAAAUUUCCAAGCUUUGCUUUAACCCACAGGGUAGUCGUAUUUUAACUGGAAGUGCUGAUAAAACUGGCAGAAUGUGGGAUCCGCACACAGGCCAGUGCCUCCAGGUGCUGGAGGGGCAUACAGAUGAGAUAUUUUCAUGUGCUUUCAACUAUGAAGGCAAUACCAUUAUUACAGGCAGUAAAGAUAACACCUGCCGAAUAUGGCGCAGAGACAGGAAUGUAAUUGAGGAAAAGAUAAUGGUAUGAAACCAAAAGUAACAUUUUAACCAGCAGUGAAGAAGCACCCUUUUUCUUUCUUGAACUAAUCAUCACAAUGAAAAUAUUUACGAUUCCAGUUUUCUUUACAGAAUGUUUAACUUGUAGUGAACUUCAUAUACAUCCUGUUUUUAAUGCUGUAGUGAGGUCUAAUCUGAGUGCUUUUAUAAAGAUCCACUGAAGCAUUCAGAAGUGCAUCCUGGAUGUAAUGACUGAUUUCUAUUCAAUUUUCUUAAAUAAAAGAUUUAUUUAAAAAAAUAAAAAAAAUAAAAAAUACCGGUCAAUUUAACUUAUUU